AUGGCGACUCUGUACCCGUCGCUCGAGGACAUGAAGGGCCACCAGCUCUUGGAGGCGCAGGCCCGCGCCGGCCUCCGCACGCCCCCGACGGCGCCCGCCAUGGAGCAGCCCAGCGGCCCGCCCGGCUCCGAUAAACCCGGUAAACCAUGCGGGCACGGGGGCAGCGCCCGGCUGAGCCCGUGCAGCUCGGGGCUGUGCCCCGCAGCGGUGCCCGCUCUCUACCCCGACCUGGCCGCGCUCGACGACUACAUGGGGCUGGCGCUGAGCAGCGCGGACGUGCAGAGGAGCCUGGUGCCCGCCGUAGGUAUCGGGCCGCGCGGGGGGGUCCCGUGGCCGCGGCGCCUCGUGACGCCGUGGCCGGCUCCCCCGCAGGCGCCGGGCGCCGCGGUGCCGGGGCAGCUGGUGGCCCCGCUGAGCGGCGGCGACGCGGGGCUGCGGCGCGCCGCCAUCAAACCGGGGCUGCGCGAGAUCCAUCUGUGCAAGGACGAGCGGGGCAAGACGGGGCUCAAGCUCAAGAACAUCGACCAGGGCAUCUUCGUGCAGCUGGUGAAGGCGAACUCGCCGGCGGCGCUCGUGGGGCUGCGCUUCGGCGACCAGGUGCUGCAGCUGGACGGGCGGAGCUGCGCGGGCUGGAGCAGCGACAAGGCGCAGCGCGCGCUGCGCAAGGCCUCGCCCGAGAAGAUCGUCAUGGUGGUGCGGGACAGGCCCUUCCAGCGCACCGUGACCGUGCACAAGGACAGCAACGGCCACGUGGGCUUCGUGGCAAAGAAGGGGCAGAUCGUGUCGCUGACCAAGGACGGCUCCGCCGCCCGCAACGGCCUCCUCACCCACCACUACAUCUGCGAGGUCAACGGGCAGAACGUCAUCGGGCUCAAGGAUAAGCAGCUGCAGGAGGUGCUGGCGGGCGCCGGGCGCAUCGUCACGCUCACCAUCAUCCCCGCCGUCAUCUACGAGCACAUGGUGAAGCGGCUCUCGCCGGCGCAGGCCAAGACGGCCAUGGACCGCUCCGUGCCGGACCUCUGA